UAAUUUUAAAAGUUGAAAAAAACAAGAAAAAAAUUUUUUUUUAUUUAAAAAAUUAAAUUAUAAAAAUUUAAUUAGUUUUUAUAUUUAAAGUAAUAUUAUUAAGUAAUAAUGGAAGCGGCUAAAGAAGCAUUUGCAUCUCGCAAUUACGGCCUGGCGGUAGAAAUGUACGAACGAAGUAUUAAGCAGCAUACGAAUACUCCAAAUCUGGAGCUCCUGAUUGGAUACGGCGACUCGCUGGCGCGAUCUGGCCGGACAAGGGAUGCUGUGGACGUGUUCGCGAGGUGUAUGACCCUGGCGCCCUUGCCGAUAGAGCGAUUAAAGCACCUGACCUCCGCGCUACUGGAGGAUCUCGCGGGAGGCGCUGCAAUAUCCCCCGCUUUGCCCUCGGGGAAUAAUAAUAAGUCCUUCUCCUGUCCCACGUGUGAAGGGGCUUUGAGUCACCCCGUCACCGGAGGGUGCGGACACACGUACUGCAGGAGCUGCUACGAGAUAGGGAAGCCUUGUCGCGCUUGCGGACAAAAGCUCGGCCCCCUCGCGGAGACCAAUGUUCUGGUGCAGAGACUCGUCGAGAAGUGGUGGCCUAGAGAGACCGAGGCCUCCAGGGCGAGGCACGAAGGUGAUGUCCUUUUGAAGGAUGGACAUCCUGCUGAGGCACUUGAACGUUAUGAUCUUGCUAUUCGACUUGCACCAAACAGCCCACUUCACUUUAGCAAUCGAGCUAACGUUCUGCUCAUCCUAAACAGGCCGCAGGCAUCAUUGAACGAUGCCGAUCACGCUGUGCGCCUACGACCCGACUGGGGAAAGGGUCAUUACAGAAGAGGUGUAGCUCUGUCAGCUCUAGGAAGACAUGAAGAAGCUUUUGUAGCUUUUUGUACUAGUGUAGCAAUUGAUAAAAAUACUCAAAAUAUUCGCCAUGAAUUAACCAGAGUACUACAUCGUGUGUUAUUAAAUUUACGACGAAGUACAGUAUCGCGAGGACCAUACGUUUUUACUGAAAGCAAUGUAAGAUUAAGAAGAACCCGUGACCAUCAUCAUAAUCAUCACUAUCAUUACCGCGCAUCACGGAUUUUGAAUUCAAGUCAACGACACCGACGUCCGGCCCUUAAUUCAUCAGACUGCGAAGAUAAUAGUAGUAGCGAAGAAGAAUUUACCCAGGCAAUAUGCCGGAGGGUGAGCAACAAUGUACCUCAAGGCAAUGUUAAAUUACAUAUUUUACUAGACCGUAUUUAUCAGGAAGUUGAAAAAUUAAAAAGAGUUGAACGAAUGCCAGCUGAAAUUCUACUUCCGCCAUUGUCAGGAAGUAGUACCGUAGCUACAGGUGAUUUGGAUUGCAUUUUGUGUUGCCGUUUAUUAUGGAAACCUGUUACAACACCUUGCGGACAUACGUAUUGUUGGAUGUGUUUAGAUCGCUGUCUCGAUUACUCAUCAGCAUGUCCACUUUGUGUUACAUCUCUCGCUGAUUACUUGGCAAGUAAUCAAAAAACGGUAACCGAAUUUGUGGAGAAAGCACUCAAGACUAUAGCACCGACGGAGUACUCAUCGCGAGCAACAAAUCACCGACUCGAGCUAAUCCAGGGUUCAGGACUUUUGGGAAAUAAUCAGCACAACAUCGCGGUAUUCGUGUGUACGACGGCGUUCCCCUGUGUCGCAUGCCCGCUGUUUGUUUACGAGCCGCGAUACAGGCUGAUGGUACGCCGUUGUGUUGAGAGUGGGGUCAGGCACUUUGGCAUUGCCGCUUGCCUCAAUCGCGAAGCCACAGGUAGCAAAAGAUACGCGGAAUACGGGACCGUUUUGGAGAUAAGAGAUAGAGUUUUAAUGAAAGAUGGAUGUAGUAUUUUAAGCACCGUGGGUGGUAGAAGAUUCCGAGUGCUCUCUGGCGGUGAAAGAGACGGUUAUGAUACUGCGGAAGUUGAACUUAUUCGUGAUUCACCGAUUCCAUUAGAAUGUUUGUCAACUGUUAGAGAACUUCAUGACAAGGUAUGGUCAAAAGGUAAAAAGUGGUGGUCAAGUGUAUCACCAAUCCAACAAGAAGAAAUAGAGCGAGUAUUUGGCGAAAUGCCAACGCCGGAAGAAGACUGGAUCCGUUUACCAGACGGUCCCUCGUGGACGUGGUGGAUUCUCGCGAUAUUACCUCUCGGACCACAACUGCAGGUCGGGAUUUUGGGGACCACCAGCCUGGAAAAACGUCUCAGGGCCAUUGAAAAGACUUUGAACCACAUGGAAAAGCGGCAGCUGACGAUAACGGCAGCCCCUGCCGAAGAUACGACCACGUCCUCGAGCAUUUGCCAAGACGACAAUGAUCUUACUCACUCUUCCGUUUCAGUCAUGCACUCAUAAUCUACCACCAUAUUAAUAUUUAAUCACUCUCACAAUCAUUACUUUUAAUAA